AUGUCGCGUCUGAGCAGAGAGAGUAUCUUGCAAGGCAUGGCCGAUGCUUUGCCCACCCACGGUAAAGAUGACGAGUCCUCAGACUUGGCAAGCUCAUACGAAGCCAUUGCUCUGCUCGUCCAUGCGUAUCUCGCCGCCAUCGGCUUCAGACUCCAAGGGUUCGAUGAAGAUAAGAAGAUCCCGGAAACAGAAUCGCUCGCGCCCCGUAUCCCCCUUUCAUGGAACAACGGCUUUGGCUCGCUCGGCUUCGUCUACCAACAUAAGCAGUCGGCCAUGAGCUUCGCCUUUCGCAUCGAUCGCAUGGGCGGCAAGGUCGAGGUGCGCGGUCUUGCUGUAGGCGACGACAGUAUCCAUCGCUUCGAAAAGACAGUCCGCGACGUGGUCACAUCAAGUGCCCUGCCUGUACGGAUAACACUCAACGAAAAUGGUGAAGAAGAUAGGAGCGACCUGGUAGACAAGCUGAGUAAGGUAUUCACAUCGGAAGAAGCUGUCAACUCCAUCCUCCACGACCUCAAGGUCAACAUCGUGCAGAAACUCAUCCCCAAGCUCCAAUCAGAAGGCUACAUCGAGGAAGCUGAGACCGAAGCCAACGCCAACGCCGAACGACGCAACAUGCAAGACUACCCCGGCCGAGCAGGACGCCCAUCGCAACCCCACAAUCCGACACGGCCCUUCCCAGGGUUCAAUCCAGAGCCCGACCUCGCACGUCCCCGUGCGCCGCAGGGUGACAUGCCGAUGCCGGGUUUUGAUGAUGAGCAUGAAAUAUUGCGCGACCCCCGUGCCGCUGGUUUCCCUGGCCGCGCACCGUAUAAUAUUGGGCAUGAUGACCUGAACCCACCUGGCCUAGGUCCGCACGAUCCUCUCCGUCCCUCGUUCGGCGGUGGUGGCUUCGGUGGAUUGCCUCGGCCAGGAGGUGGCGCUGGCAUGCAUCCUACCUUUGACGACCCCUUAUUCACAGGCCAGGGCAGUGCUUAUACAGGAGGGCCCGGUCAAGGCUAUGACCACCAAGCACCGCCAGGCGCGCGGUGGGAUCCUCUAGGUCCCGGCGGCAGUCCUAGAUUCCCAGGCCCGGGUCGGGGACAAGGCGGGAACUUUGGGGGCUUUGGGCCCGGUGGUGGUGAUAUCAUCUAG